AUGAAGCACCUAGCAGCAUACCUCCUCCUCCAGCUCGGCGGCAACGCCUCUCCAUCCGCCGAGGACAUCAAGGGCGUUCUCAGCGCUGUCGGCAUCGAGGCUGAGGAUGAGCGUCUCACCCAGCUCCUCUCUGAGCUCGAGGGCAAGGACAUCAACGAGCUGAUCUCCGAGGGUUCCACCAAGCUUGCAUCCGUCCCAUCUGGUGGCGCUGGUGGUGCUGCUGCCCCAGCUGCUGGUGCCGCCGCUGGUGGUGCCGCUGCUGAGGAGGCUCCAGCUGCCGCUAAGGAAGAGGAGAAGGAGGAGUCUGAUGAGGACAUGGGCUUCGGUCUCUUCGACUAA